AACGACUUUCACGAACUCUACCUAUCCACAACUCAACACUCCCGAACUUUACCCACUAACACCACAAUGUCUCUCAGUCUCGACGCUUUCACCGACAAAGCACAGGCGUCUGUCGCAGCUGCGUUGCAGUUGGCGAAAGACUACUCUCACGCACAACUAUAUCCCGCACAUCUUGCCUUCGUUCUCCUCAAUGAAGGUGCAGGAGAUACCGCUGCCCCCGGUGGUGUUUCACAUGCACAAACCCCCCUAUUCGCUUCUGUCAUCCAGAAGGCUGGAGGCGAUGUGUCUCUCGUCAAGCGGGCUCUCCAAAAACUCAUCGUUCGCCUACCCUCACAAUCUCCCGCACCCGAAGAAGUCUCCCUGUCCUCUGAAGCCGCCAAAGUUCUCCGCGAAGCGCAAUCUCUUUCGAAGACCAUGCACGACUCCUACGUCGCUCAAGACCAUAUCCUCCUUGCCCUCAUCAAGUCUUCUUCCAUAGCCCCUGUCCUCAAGGAGGCUUCUCUCACCGACGCAGCACUCAAGACCGCAAUCGAGCAGAUUCGUGGGAACAGAAGAGUAGAAAGUCGACAGGCGGAGCAGGGCUUCGACGCACUGAACAAGUACGCCGUCGACCUCACCGCGCUCGCGGAGGAGGGCAAGAUCGACCCUGUCAUUGGACGGGACAACGAGAUCCGUCGUGUCAUUCGUAUUCUUUGUAGAAGGACGAAAAACAAUCCCGUUCUCAUUGGUGAACCUGGUGUCGGAAAGACGUCAAUCGCCGAAGGUCUCGCACAACGUAUCGUCAACCGCGACGUACCCGCUUCUCUCAUAGCCCGUCUAUAUUCACUGGAUAUGGGUGCUUUGAUGGCCGGCGCGAAGUACAAGGGCGAGUACGAAGAACGUGUCAAGGCCGUCCUCAACGAGGUCGAGAAAUCUUCCGAAGAAGACGGCCCAGGCGUCAUCCUCUUCAUCGACGAACUGCACCUCAUCAUGGCCGGCAAGGGCUCAGAAGGUGGCGGCAUGGACGCCGCUAACCUCUUCAAGCCUCUGCUCGCCCGUGGUAAACUUCGUUGUAUCGGCGCCACGACGCUCGCUGAGUACCGGAAGUACAUCGAGACCGACGCCGCACUCGAACGUCGGUUCGCGCAGGUUAUCGUCAAUGAGCCGUCGGUCACGGAGACGAUCAGUAUCUUAAGAGGUAUCCGCGAGAAGUACGAAGUACAUCAUGGAGUGAGGAUCUUGGACGGAGCUCUCAUCUCUGCCGCCACACUCGCGCACCGGUAUCUCACCUCUCGACGGCUGCCCGAUGCCGCCAUUGACUUGGUCGACGAAGCUUGUGCAAGUGUUCGUGUUACCCGCGAAACCGCUCCAGAAGCUAUCGACAAGCUCCAACGCCGCAAACUUGAGCUAGAGGUCGAAAUCCAUGCCCUCGAACGGGAGAAGGACGAAGCCUCGAAGGAACGUCUCGUCACCGCCCGCAAGGCCAUCUCUCAGGUCGAAGAAGAGUUGCGGCCCAUGGUCGCGGCGUACGAGAACGAAAAGUCGCGCGGCGACGAAGUUAACCAGGUUCGUCGCAAGAUUGACGAGUUGAAGGCCAAGGCGGAGGAAGCGGAGAGGAGAUAUGACCUCGCCACCGCCUCAGACCUCCGCUACUACGCCAUCCCCGAUCUUCAGAAGAGACUCGACCAGCUUGUCGCGAAGAAAGCUGAAGAGGAUGCCCAAGGAGGUAGUGGUAGCGAUACCGUCACCCCUGAGCAAAUCUCAGAAAUCGUUUCUCGCUGGACGUCCAUCCCUGUCACGAGACUUCUGUCGACCGAGAAGGAGAAGCUGCUCAGGAUGGAGAAGAUUCUCGCGGAAAAUGUCGUCGGUCAGCCUGAGGCCGUGAAGGCCGUGGCUAACGCCAUUCGGUUGUCUCGUAGCGGCUUGGGCAACGCUCAACGUCCUAUUGCGAGCUUCUUGAUGGCUGGGCCUUCUGGUACGGGUAAGACGCUUCUGAGCAAGACUCUCGCUACUUUACUCUUCGACUCUCCAGACGCUAUGAUUCGUAUUGAUGGUAGCGAAUACUCCGAGAAGCACUCCAUUUCCCGUCUCAUCGGUGCUCCACCUGGAUACGUCGGCCACGACCAAGGUGGUGCUCUCACAGAGUACGUUCGCCGCAAACCCUAUUGUAUCGUCCUCAUCGACGAGAUCGAGAAGGCCGCCCGGGAGUUCGUCACGCUCUUCCUGCAAGUCCUCGACGACGGUCGUCUGACAGAUGGUCAAGGCCGCGUCGUCGACUUUAGGAAUACGGUGAUCGUCAUGACUUCGAAUCUGGGAGCGGCGUACUUGAACGAUAUGGGCGAAGGGCCGGUGAAGAAGGAGACGAGGGAACUGGUGAUGGGCGCUAUCCAGGUGCAUUUCCCGCCGGAGUUCAUCAACCGUAUUGACGAUAUCGUCAUCUUCCGCACACUCUCGCGAAGAAACGUGAUGAAGAUCAUCGAUAUCCGUCUGGCCGAGGUGCAGCAACGUCUCGUCGACCGCAAGAUGACGCUAAACAUCGACGACGAAGCGAAGAACUACCUCGUCUCCAUCGGAUACUCCCCCAUCUAUGGCGCUCGACCACUCAACCGUGCCAUCCAGACCGAACUGCUCAAUCCGCUCUCUGUCAUGCUCCUGGCAGACAAAGUUCGCGAUGGGGAGGUCGUCCGCGUUACUUUCGAUGGACCGAGGAAUAGGCUGCUUAUUGUUCCGAAUCAUGAGGGGAAUUACGCGGAAGAUGGGAUGGAUGUGGACGAGGAUUAUGAGGAUAUUGAGGUGGAGGAGAUGGAUUGAGGAGGGAAUACGAAUGUGAAAUGGACUAGGGCUGCAGGGAAUUGGGACUGAAUAUACCGCAAAAACUCCUCAUGUACUUUUACUAAACUAUAGUCUCGCUGUUCUUUCUUGUCGCUGCUGACUUGUAUUUUUGGUCUUUCAUGUUUUGAUUACUCAGACUCAACUCUAGCUGUAUUUUACGCUCGACCAAUAGCAAUUCUUUGAUUUUCU